UAAAGGUUUGAUAGCACCGCUGACAAAUUCUGUUCAAUCUGUUUCCACUUUAAUUUGAAUUGCGUCAGCAGGGGCGUGGCUAGGAGGGCCCCCUUUUCUAAGCCGUUUUUAAGCAAACAACCUACAUCAGGUGGAGAAAACGGCAUGACGAUCUGGUGAGUACCCUCACUUUGACACAGUGUGACACCCGCUUUGAAAAAUCCUGGCUACGCCCUUGGUCAGUUUACCCUUUCUGAACUCUCGGGGACGACUUCCAUAUAAACAUGCAGGCAGAGUUGUUUUCAAAAAUGUAAAACUCGUCGCUUGAUACUACUUAUUAGACGUCAAAAGUUAACAUUGUCAGGGUUAUUGUAAUUCCUUUGAAAAAAAUUACAGGGACUAAUUGUCGUUUUAUAUUUGGUACUUUUUCUCAAGCAGCAGCCGCAAAGCGGGACUGUAGCUCCUUUAAUGGGUUCUUAAAAAAAUUUCUGACGCUUACUCCUUUCACGUUUAAAUGGAAUCCCUCAUACCUGCUAAUUAUUUUUCAUGUGAUUAGAUUGACGAGAUAGUCUGGGGACUUGUGAGUACAAUCUCUUUCAAGGUUUUGUUUGAUCCAGAGAAGAGUUUAAAGCCUAAGCAUUACGACAUUGUCACUCCUGUCCAUCUUCUCUACUACGACGAGUACAUCGAGAACUCUGACGGGGUGGUAGUCAGCAACGGAACGGCAUACUCUCACCCACUGGGUAAAGUUUCCUUUGACGUCGAACUACCAGGUUGUUCAGAGCCUUUGGGAAUGAAAAGUGGAAAGAUCAAGGAUUAUCAAAUCACGGCUUCUUCAAGUUAUGCUGACGCUCAGCCUUCCAAAGCAAGAGAAACGGAAGAUGCCUGGUGCACAAGAAAGGCAGACAAUGACGAGGACAAACGAAAUCAGUACAUUCAAGUGGAUUUCUUACUCAAAACUCGCGUGACACGUGUGGGAAUCAUGCGCCGUAAAAAUAAGGACCACUGGGUCUCGGAAUACUACUUGAAGUACAGUGACGACGACGUCAAUUGGAUUGAUUACAAGGAGAACGGUCACGCCAGGCUGUUCCUGGGCCCACAGUCUAAAGAAGACACUGAAAUGAUCGUUCAUCGUCUCCGCCACCCAAUAGAGGCUUACAGCAUUCGUUUCCAUCCGUGGAAAUCUGAACAACUGGUGUGUAUGCGGCUCGAGGUGUACGGCUGCGACAUCCUCGGCUCACCAGCCAGUUGCGUGUCUCCACUGGGCCUUGAAUCCGGAGAAAUACCGGACGAAGCUCUAUCACACAGUCUUCCAGCCGAUCAUGCUUCCAAACCACAGUACAUUCGGCCCAACGUGGUUGUGAAGAGUUUCCCUUACGGAUGGUAUUCGCGGCUCUACGAGACUCCCUCUGAUUAUUUACAGAUCGACUUUGGCUCACUGCGGAAAGUGACGAGGCUCUCGACUAUGGGCGGAUAUGAUUCAGGUCGUUCCGACCGUAAGGUCGCAACUUACAGGCUUUCGCACAGCAAGGAUGGCUUGUCCUGGGUGGAAUAUCGUGAAAAUGGGCAAAUUAAAGACCUUAGAGGACCGAAAAGCCCGCAAGAAUCGGUGUACCCAGUCCUCGCCAAACUUGCCGAACCAUUUGUGACGCGGUAUUUACGAAUUAUCCCGAACGAUAAAGACAGCACCUUCAAAGUUAUGAGAGCGGAAAUUUACGGAUGCUUUGCUGAAGAGCUUCCUCCUUAUAAUGGUGUCCCUGAGUACGCCCGGCGUUCCUUCCUAUUGGAUCCUGUUACUGACUGGUUUUAUGCCUGUAUGUACACCGCUGAAAAAACCGAAAGCAGCUGCUUUUCAACUGCUGACGGUGUGGAAUGGAUUGCCAUAAAACCUUCAAUAAUCAGUGUGUUAUCGUGUAAUCCAACUCUGAGGGAAAUUUACGGUGUGGAUCGACAAAUGAACUUCCAUCGCAGUUGCGACUCCGGUGAAUCGUGGCAGCAGCUCACGGAUGGCUAUCUGAAAGACGUACAAAAAGAAACUAAGCUGAUAAAUUCCACGGCUCUCCCUGAAAACCUUGUGGCCGGUUUACCCACGGCUGACCUGAGAGUGACGGCCAACUCCACUGGAACCACUUGGGGAGUGUCUGGAUCUGGAAUUCACGUGAUGACCAAUGGAAGCAAUGUGUGGAGCCUGGUGGGCUCAUGGAAAUGUUGCGGCCAGUAACCAGAAGCUCUACAGGAGCCAUGUAGCACUGCACAUAUAUAUUAAGCGUUCAGAGACUUACUUCUCGAGGCACAUAAUCCCUCUUAUACCAGUAUAUCACGAAGUCAAGUAAAUCUUACAGAAAUAGGCCAUAUUCGUUGUCUCGGUAUUGCAUCACUAUAAAAAGGGAUAAAUGUCAUUUGCAUUUAAAAAGACUCCCCACAUUAGCCUCUACCGAGAGUACGAAUGCGGCCCAUUAGAUUCGCAAGUAGGCUGUAAUAAGAGCUAUGUUUCACUGGACAAGUAUAGAAAUUACCAUUAUGUGCAAUGGUAAUAUCUAUACUUGUCCCACGAAAAGAAAGUAACACUGAGAUUAAAUUCCCAUCAUGCGAGGGCUAUACCAAGUUUACAUACUACGUAAUAAAGUUAAAAAAAAUUUCGAUUGUGAAAGGCGGACACUGAGAUUAAAUAACUUGAUUGCUUAAGGAAUGUGAGCUUUAUAAAUCAUUGCACCGUUGAUUUGGGACAAUUUUUUUCCUUACAAAACUUGAUCUAUAGAUAUCUUUUAACUCAUGAACAUAACGAGCCUCACUUUCACUUACUAGGACUUCUCAUUAAGGCAUAUGCUGGAUAUACUGCACUUUAUUAUAUCAAAGACAUUUUGUAGCAGAAAUCCUGAUGAGUUUUUAAAAGUUGUAAAGGGUACCCAAUUUAUACUAAUGAAUGACGAGUUUGAAUGCUUGAGUAAUCAGUUAUAACCAGCUACAAAUGUUGAAAUUCACUAUGUUCAUCAUACCGUAAAUUGAAUGUCCUUUGUUGUUCCUCUUUUAUAGCAAUUUUACUGGGGUUUGAGUUAUCGAGGGUUUCAGAACAAAUUGUGACAUGUGGUCAUAUGACUGCUAAAUGAGUUAGGAAUUAAAACACAGUUGCAACAAACCA